AUGUCUCCCCGUGCAGAACUUGAGACUGAGAAUCGCAACGACCAAGAACGAAAGAAAUGCUUUGAAGGCCAAAGAAGGACAGUGGAAGCAAACACAGCAAGGGCCCUGGAUUCCUUUCGAGAGAAGGACCUCCAGCAGAUCUCUCAGCAAAUGGAAAGGCUGCAGACAGCUUUUCAGAACAUACCAAGGUCAAUACAGAAGGACCUGGAGAACCUCAGAGCCGACCUCGAGAACCAAUUUGGAAGGAUGAUGGAAGCAAACACAGCAAAGGCCCUGGAUUCCUUUCGAGAGAAGGACCUCCAGCAGUUCUAUCAGCAAAUGGAAAUGCUGCAGACAGCUUUUCAGAACAUGCCGAGGUUAACACAGCAGGACCUGGAGAACUUCAAAGCCAACAUGGGGAACCAAUCUGGAAGGAUGACUGAAGCAAGCACAGCAAGGGCCCCGGAUUCCUUUCAAGAGAAGGACCUCCAGCAGAUCUCUCAGCAAAUGCAAACACAGGAAACAGCUGUUCAGAACAUGCAGGGGUCCACAGAAGAGCACCUGGAUAUCCUGAGAGCAGACAUGGAGCGCCAAUUAGAGCUUUUCAAAAUGCAGCGCUACAAAG